CUGGGGUUGCACAGUCCAGCUGCGAGUUUGACCAAGUUGUGUGGACGGCAUCUUGUUUGUUGUGAUUGAUUACAUGUAAGUACUGAAUAAGUUGGUGCAUAGAGGUAGCUCAGCUGGAGCCGGAACAAGGCGAUGACGCAAAGGCUGGUCGAUGUCGAGAUCAUCUGGGUGGGGCCUGCGAUGGAGCCUGCGGCCUUGUUUUACGCGUGUCGGAUGCGGGAGCACGUGAAUGACGUCGGAUCCGUGCUUUGUUCGGCUGCAGCUUUGGAACGGGAGUGGAUGCGAUUGCGCAAGUGCCGAUGGAGUCGCGAUGGGUUCUGUGGGUGUUGCUAUUCUUGGGACUUGACGGUGCUUGCGUCGUGCUGGAUGGAUGUCGGGGACAAUCGCGAUGGACGAAACAGGGGAUCAGCGAGUUCUAGAUCGUGGGCUUGUGCAUGUUAGCGAUGAUGCUCAAGUAGAUGGAAAUGCAAUUGCAGGCGAGAUGUUUAUAGAGAUGGGAGGACAAGAUGCAUGGUCCUAUACCACUAAUACACUCUGCAUCUAAUAAGACACCUAGGUUCUGUCUUUGACGUGCAGUCCCGCUUAUUGUGUCUACUUGUUAGUGCAUAGUGAUGCUUCUUUCUCGCCCAAGAUACCGCCUGACAAUGCAGCUGAGAGGAGAGAAGAGCUAUCAGAUAAAAACCCGCAUGUAUCUUGCCGGAUCAGCUCUUCUGACACCCCAAAAUGCGCUCAUGGCGUCUCGUGAGCACAUGGCCAGGCCCUCUCCAGACAAUCAAGGUGCUAUCAGCUUACGGGGCC